UGGAAAUCUUAAAAUUCAAUCCUCGAUUAAGUUGUUGUUGCCAUAUAGCAAAACAGAUAAUUCAAUUAAGCGUAACAAGUCACUUAAGGAAAAACAGAAAAGAAGUGACAGGCUAUUAUAUUCAUUAAGAUUUUGCACUGAAAUGAAUUGUACUUUAUCAUUUGAAAGCGAUGCUGAGUUAGAAGAACACAUGCUAUCUGGUCUUUAUACAGUUCCGAAAUCAUUAACAUCAUUGGAUAAAGUUCGCAACUCGUUUGUUCAUAAGAUGAAAAUUACUUCACAACUAAAUAUGCCAAUUUCUUCAUCCUCUAACAGUGCUUCCGUAAAAGACAAACCACAUUGCAUGAACAUUUUUCUAUUGCAAGGUUGGGCAUUGUUGCUAUCAAAACUUUUGCAAAUUAGAUUAUGUUUCUGACUGUUAAAUAGUUCUUUUACAAAUAUGAAAUUAAAAUUUAGGUGAAAGUUAUAAUUUUGUGUGUUUGUUUACAUAUGUUUAAAAGUAUGUACAAUUGAUAUUGUUAUAGAUUUAGUAACCUGAAAAGAAAAGGUAAGCUGGUAGAACCGACAACAGAAAAUAAUGAAAAUAGUCAGGUUAACGAUAACAAAGAAGUUUAUGGCAAAAAUGAUGACUUUAAUCUGACAGGAGACAAUGAAGAUGAUAAUAAAUAUGAGGAAGACAUCGCCAAUCUUGCAAAAGAAAUUUGUCUUGUAUGGAAAGCGAAUGAUUGGGUUGCUGUUGCAUAUGAAAAACAAUGGAAUAUUGGAUAUAUUGUGGAGAAAACAAUAACUCUUGCGGUGGGGGUUGGAUUAAUUAUAAAAAAUAUUGUUAUUUAUUCCGAACUCAAGACGAAACAUAUUAUGGAGACGAUUGGGAAAACUCAUAUUUAUCAUGUCUCUCUAAAGGAGGAAACUUGUUAAGUUUAGAAGAUCAGGAAGAAAAUUCGUUUGUUACAAGUAUUCUAGAAAAUGAUGAUAGCAUGAAAGAUAAAAAAUUCUGGAUUGGCCUCAAUUAUCUUAUGAGUUAUAAAAAGUUUGUCUGGUCUGAUCAUUCAAAAUGGAAUCUAAAAAUACCUAAUGAAAAUCUAUUAUCUCAAAAAAGUAGCGUUUCAGUUAUAGAUGCAAGAUGUGUGGUAAUAAAUUUUAAUAGUUGGUACGCUCAAGAUUGUUAUGAAAAGUAUGGAUAUAUUUGCAAAGCAAAAAAAGAGAGCAACAAUAGUUGCAAAAAGGAUUGGUUUGAAUUCGCUAGUUAUUGCUACUAUUUUUGUACUUUAAAUGAUUCAAAUGGCAGAAGAUGGUGGCAUUCUUAUUUAAACUGCUUAGAAAAAGGAGGAAAUUUGUUAAGUAUAGACGAUGAAACAGAAUACGUUUUUAUUUUAAACACUCUUAAAAACUACAACAUGAGCAAAAGUAAUUAUUGGAUUGGUCUUUCUGAUCGUUGGUAUAACUCAUGGUUUUUGUGGUCUGAUAAUACAUAUUUGCAGUAUAUACAUACUAAGUUCAAUGGAUUAUUUUAUGAUGUUAAACUUGAAAAAUGUGUCAUAAUAAAUAAAGACUAUUGGGAAAUAAAGAAUCUUAACAGCUUAAAUGGAUUUAUUUGUAAAAGUAGAAGAGCAACCAAUCAUAUUUGCAAUGAAGGUUGGACAGGUUAUAGAAAAUAUUGCUACUUUGUUCAAAGUACAAAUGAAAUAUUAGGUCAAACUUGGAUAGAAUCUUUUUCAUCAUGUCAGUCUAAAGGAGGAAAUUUGCUUAGUAUUGAAAACCAAGAAGAAAAUCAAUUCGUUCAAAGCAGUCUAAUCAAAGAUAAUGCAGAUUAUUGGAUUGGCUUAAAUAAACUUUGGAAUUACAGAAGGUUUGUGUGGUCUGAUCAUACAUACACUCAGUUUUUCAAUUGGAUUGGAGGUGAACCGAACACUGCUGAUGAUGUUAAAAAUUGUGUAGAAAUGAAUUCCAAUGGGUGGCGUGACAAUGAAUGCAAUACUUUAAAUGGGUUUAUUUGUAAAGUUAAAAGAGGUAUUUUAGAUUAUGUUAACCACCGUAAUGAAAUUAUUCUAACUCAAGGCUUUCUUUUUGGAACUCUUAAUGUUUUGAAGAAGGAGUUCACGAUUUCAUUCAAUUUGAAACCUAUAAUAUAUUUAAAGGGUUUGAAAAGUGUCAUUCAACUAAUCUCAAGUAAUAAUAGCCAAGAUGAUAGUAAUAAAAGUCUAGGUGUUUGGUUUCAUGAAGAUGGUUCUGGAAGUCUCGUUAUUAAUGCCGCAGCCAAUGGUAAUAGUAAUUGCUCAGUUAAAACAGAACCGCUCACCUUGGGUCAAUGGUCUAAUAUAAAAAUAUAUCAGUGGCUGUUUUGCAGUAAAUAUUGGUUUGCCGUAGAUAUAAAUGGUGUAAACAUUCAUAAAAUGGAAAAUUGUUUAACUGCUGAUUUGAAAAUGAUAAAAAUUUACGUAUCGAAUAUCUGGGAUGAUGCGCAUAAUGGAUCAAUAUCUGACUUAUUGAUUACUAAUGGAAAAGCAAAAUAUCUUAUUGGGCAUUAUAAUACUUCAUUAGUUAAAGGAAACAUUAUUGCUAAAAUAGCAAAGAUAAAUAAAGAAUAUUUGUUGUCUUUUGAUUUUAAACCAAUGGUAUUUGAGACUGGACUGCACAACAUUAUUUAUUUUACUGUUAGAGCUGAUAUGGUCAACAAAAGAAAUGACUUUCUAGGCAUCUGGGUAGAUGAUAGUGGUACAGGAAGAAUUAAAAUUGUUGCAUUACUUAAUGGAAAAUCAAGUUUCUAUUAUCACCCUAUUCAAUUAAAUACUUGGUCAAAGGUUGAGAUCAGUCAAUGUUCAAAUGGCUUCUUUUUUGUAUUCAAAGUUAAAAUAAAUGGAUAUGUUGUUUUUUCAAUUAUUAACAAUGAAGCCCAGGAUUUAAAUAACGUCACAGUGUAUGCUUCAAAUCCAUGGGACAAAGUUCAAAAUGGCUCAAUAAAAAGUUUCUUCAUUAUUAAUGACAGUGAAUGUAAAUCUAAUGUUGUUUAUGCUAAAGAUUAUGUUAAUCAUAAUUACGAGUUUACUCUUCAUCAAGGAACAAUUCUUGGAACACUAAGAGUUUUAAAAAAGGAGUACACUAUUUCGUUUAAUUUGAAGCUUAUGAGUUAUUCUAAGGGUUUAAAAAAUGUUCUUUAUUUAACCCUGUGUAAUGAGAGUGAAAUAUAUGGUGACAGACAUCUAGGUCUUUGGUUUCAUGAAAAUGGUUCUGGAUGUCUUGUUAUUUAUGCUUUAGUUAACGGUAAAAAUAAUUACUUUGUCAAAACAGAUCCUCUUUCAUUAGGUCGAUGGCAUAAUAUUAGAAUCUAUCAGUGGUUGCUUGGAAAAAAAUAUUUAUUUACUGUUGAUCUGAAUAACAUUAAUAUUCACAGAGCAGAAAAUUUUUUAGCCUUUGAUUUUAAAAACAUUAAAGUUUAUGGUUCUAAUAUAUGGGAUGCUGCACAAGAAGGUUUCAUAUCUGACCUUUUAAUAAUUAAUGGAAAAGUUGAGUUUAUUGUUGGCAAUUUUAUUACUCCAUUAGUAAAGGGGAAAUUAAUGGCUGUGAUUCCAUAUCUAGACAAAGAAUAUUUUGUUUCACUUGAUUUUAAUCCUUUUAAAUUUGAUAUUGGUUCACGCAAUGUUAUUCAUUUGACAAUUGGUUCUGAUCAUUUUAAUUAUGGUGAUAAAAAAUCAGGAAUCUGGUCGGUUUCACAAGGUAAUGGCGUUCUUGAAAUAGCGUCUUCAAUUAAUGGAUAUGUGGAUGUACAUACUUUUUCAACAAAUGCAUUUGAAGUUAAUCAGUGGUCAAAUAUUGUAAUAUGCCAAUUUUUUAACGGUUCAUUCUAUAUAUACACAAUCAUUAUAAAUGAAAAAGUUGCGUUUUCUAUAACAAACUAUCAAGCUAAUAGCUUUGUCAAUGUCAAAGUAUAUGCUUCAAAUCCAUGGGUGGAGGCUCUUAAUGCUUCAAUAAAAAGCUUGUUUGUGGUCAAUGGAAAUUCAACCAAAGAAAUGGAACCCAUUGUUAUUAUUAAUAAAGUUUCAACUUCAACUUCAUAUUCUACUAAUAACAAAAUAUCAGUAAUCUCUAUUGCCGUAUUAGUUCCAGUUAUAACUGUUCUUGUUGCAGUUUGUUUUGUUAUUGCAGUAUUGAGAUUAUGCAGAAAAAAAACCCCAAAAUCAAUGAAUCUAAAUCCUUACACUAUGGAUCAAUACAUUGGGUAUGAUGAAUUAUUAGUAGAUGAAUGGGAGAUAUACCCUGAAAAUAUUAUUAUGGGUAAAAAAAUUGGAGAAGGAGCAUUUGGUACUGUUUAUAUUGCAAAACUUAGUUCAUCUUUUGUUUCAAGAAAAAGAAAUAUAAAACAGAAAUCUGAUUUUUAUGAUAUCUUAGAAAACACUAUUAAUGUUGCUGUGAAACUUGUAAAAGAUUCUGCUGAUCCAUCAGAACUCAAUGAUUUUACUGAAGAAAUGAAUCUGAUGAAAGAAAUACGAUAUCAUAAGAAUAUUGUAAAUUUGAUUGGCUGUUCAACACUUAAGAAACCAUUUUGUUUAGUUGUUGAGUAUAUGGAGCAUGGAGAUUUACUGAAUUUCUUGCGAAAGAGACGAAGCAAUUUUUGUACAUUUAAUAUUGAUGGAAAAUCGUCUGUAAACUUUAUGCAUACACAAGGGUAUCAAAAAUCUCUGAAGACAACAACAGUAACAACAGGUGAUUCAUCUUUGUGUGUUAAGUCGAAUGAAACUCCAUUGAAAGAUGAUGAGAUGUUAACGCCAGACGAUUUGCUUAGUUUUGCUUGGCAAGUGGCAUCUGGAAUGGAAUUUCUUUCAUGUUCCAAAUUGGUUCAUCGAGAUCUUGCUGCAAGAAAUAUUUUAGUCGGGUCAGGAAAAAUUGUAAAAAUAUCUGAUUUUGGUCUAACUCGAAAAACAAAUGAUGAAUUAACCUACAUGAGCAAGAAAAAGCGUCGGUUACCGGUCAAGUGGAUGUCUGUUGAAGCCAUAUUCGACCAGAUGUUUACAUCAUUCAGCGAUGUGUGGUCGUACGGCGUUGUAUUAUUUGAAAUUGUAACUUUAGGAGGUACACCUUAUCCUGCUAUAAGUAACCGUGAACUUCUCUCUCUUUUGAAAUCUGGUUAUCGAAUGGAUAAACCUGAAAACUGUUCUGAAAAAAUGUUUGAUGUUAUGUUACAGUGUUGGCAUGAGGAUCCAUUACAACGCCCUACCUUUUCAACACUACGUGAGUAUUUUGAUAAAGUAAUAUCUCAAGUUGGCAGUUAUCUCAACUUUGAACUCAACGAAAAUACUACACCGUCAUUUUUACCCUAUGAAAUAGACAACCAUGACGAUAAUACAAUAGAAGACGGAGUUUUACAAAAUCCUGUGCGGCUAAAGUCAAUUGAAGAAAUAAAAAAAAUAGAUGAUUUUAUUCUUCCAUUGUACGAUAGAUAUACAAGUGUUAAAUAAAAUCCAACAACCAACAAUUCAUAUAAUGAUCGAAAUAUAAAAUCUCAUAUUAGCUUUAGAACUUUGAAACAUACAGUCUUUGCUAAAGUACAAAAUUAUGUGCGGCUAUUAAAGUACGGACCUUGUAUAGCGUGGCGUUGUAUGCUGCGUUUUAUCAGAAAAGUCAUAAAUAGCAAUUUUGACAAUUAUAUUUAAAUUCAAAAAUUAUCUGAACUGGAUUUAAAAAAAUUCUUUAAAAUGUAUUUUUUUUGUUAUAACUGUUUAGCAUAAUGUAUAAAUCUAUAUCAAUAUGUAUUUUCUCAGUGUUUUGAUCAUCAUUAUAAAUGUAAAAAAUAUUUUUUUAA